AUGAGUAGUAUUCUCAGUUGGAAUGUGAGGGGUAUUAAUACCCAGGGUGUCAUGGAAAGACUUCAAUCCAUGAAGAGUAUCCAUCAGAUUUCCUUAUUUGCUAUCCUGGAACCUUUUUCUGAUAGCUCUCAAAUUCAUCAGUUCAGAAACCAGCUUAACAUGGACAAUGUUAUUAGCAACCCAAAUGGUAAGAUUUGGUUGUUUUGGAACAAAGAUGUGGAUUGUAGGAUUCUGGAAAAUGGGGAACAGGUGAUUACUUGUGAAAUCUUCCAUGUAAUGAAUCCAAACCAAUUCAGAGUUUCAUUUGUCUAUACAAAAUGCAAAGAUCAUCUCAGAAGACCCUUAUGGGAUAGCAUGUUACAGCACUCAAAUACAACCCUCCCUUGGUGUACCUUAGGUGACUUCAAUGUUAUCACUGAACCUAAAGAGAAACUGGGGGGUGUUACCUACAAUAUGAGAAAGAGCUUGGAGUUCAUAAGCAUCAUUCAAGCCUGUGGUCUUCAGGAUUUGGGAUUCUCUGGACAGAAAUACACUUGGUCUAAUCAGAGGGGUAUCUUCUUUAGAAUCUGGAAGAGAUUAGAUAGAGGUAUGGUCAAUGACAAAUGGCUGGAAGUGAUGCCUCAGACUACUAUCACUCACUUACCUACUAUUGGCUCUGACCAUUGCCCUCUCCUGUUAGAGUUCACUGAGCACCAUCAACACCACAUCAAGUAUUUUAAAUUCAUGAAUUGUUGGACAGACCACCACUCCUUCAUGGAUACUGUUAGCAACUGCUGGAACAGGAACAUUGAGGGUAAUCCCAUGUUGUGUUUUCAUCAGAAAAUGAAGAGAUUAUCUAAUACUCUUAGUAGGUGGUCCAGGAUGCAGUUUGGGGACAUCUAUGCUAAGGUGAAAGAGUAUGAAGCCAAGGUUAGACAAGCUGAGGAGGAUCUGAUUCUUCUUAACUCUGAGGAAUGUAGAGCCAAUCUUCAUGCCAUCAAUGCUGAGUAUAUUAGAUAUCUUAAGUUGGAGGACUCCAUGCUCAAACAAAAGACUCAGUUGCAAUGGUUCAAAGAGGGGGACAAGAACUCCAAGUACUUUCAUACAAUCAUCAGAGGAAGAAGAAGGAAACUCUUCAUCCAUAGGAUUCAAAAUGAUGAAGGUAACUGGUUGCAAGGGGAUGAUGACAUAGCCAGGGCUGCUUGUGAUCAUUUCCAGAACAUUUUCACUGGUGAAGACACUCAUAUUCAGGAGGAUGCCCUUCAAUGUAUUCCUAAGCUUGUCACAGAUGAUCAAAACAGGGACCUCCAAGCUCUCCCCACCUUGGAGGAACUGAGGACUGUGGUCUUCUCUAUGAACCCCAACUCAGCAGCUGGCCCUGAUGGAAUGAAUGGUAAGUUUUUUCAGGAGUGCUGGGAGAUCAUCAAAGAAGAUCUAUUCAGAGUGGUCCUUUCUUUCUUUAAUGGUCAAACAUUGCCUAAGUACUAUACUCAUACCUGUUUGGUUUUACUCCCAAAAGUAAGCCAUCCAACCAAGCUCUCAGAAUUCAGGCCUAUUAGCCUUAGCAACUUUACCAAUAAGAUUAUUUCCAAGCUUUUAUGCCUCAAACUAGCACCUACUCUUCCUACUCUUAUUUCCCCUAACCAAUCUGGUUUUGUUAAAAAUAGGAGUAUCUCUGAGAACAUCAUGCUAGCUCAAGAAAUCAUUCACCAAAUUAAGAAGCCUAAUGUAGGUGGUAAUGUGGUCAUUAAGCUGGACAUGGCCAAGGCCUAUGAUAGAGUCUCUUGGUCCUAUAUCUGUUUGGUCUUGAGGAAAAUAGGCUUUGGAGAAGGGUUCAUUGAUAUGGUAUGGAGAAUUAUGUCUCACAAUUGGUAUUCCAUCAUUAUCAAUGGCUCAAGACAUGGUUUUUUUCACUCAACAAAAGGUCUGAAGCAAGGGGACCCUCUUUCUCCCUCUCUGUUCAUCCUUGGGGCUGAAGUUUUAUCUAGACUCCUGAACAAUCUCCAUCAUCAUCCUAAUUAUCAGGGUUUCUUCAUGGCAAAGAGGGGGCCUCAAAUUAAUCAUCUCAGCUUUAUAGAUGAUGUUAUCAUCUUUUCUUCUGGGAGAGCCCAAACUUUGCAACUCAUUAUGGAAACCUUGCACACUUAUGAGAGUACCUCUGGUCAGCUGAUCAACAGAGACAAGAGCCAGUUCAUGGUCCCUUCUAAUGCCUUCAAUUCUACUGUAAGAAGAAUUAAGAAGGUCACUGGCUUCAGGCAAAAGGAUAGCCCUAUCACUUAUCUGGGGUGCCCUCUUUACAUUGGCAGACAAAAGCUCAUAUAUUACUCUGAUUUGAUUGCCAAGGUGGUGAAUAGAAUAACAGGGUGGCAGGCUAAGAUCCUCAACUAUGGAGGCAGAGUCACUUUGGUUAAACAUGUCAUCCAAGCACUCCCCAUCCACCUGCUGUCAGCUAGCUCCCCUCUUGUAACCAUUCUCAAACAGAUUCAGAGUAUCACUGCAAACUUCUUCUGCGGGUGGAAGAAUGACAAGAGGAAGUACCACUGGUCUUCCUGGAAAAACCUUAGCUACCCCUAUGAUGAAGGUGGUAUUGGUGUUAGACAAAUCUCUGAUGUGGCCAAGUCUUUCCAAUAUAAACAGUGGUGGACUUUUAGAACUAAGAACUCACUAUGGGGAGAUUUUACCAAAGCAAAGUACUGCCAAAGAUCCAAUCCCAUCACCAAGAAAUGGCACACUGGACAAUCUUUGAUAUGGAAGCAUCUUAUGAAGAACAAGCACAAAGUUGAGCCUCACAUCCAAUGGCAAAUACAGUCUGGCUCUUGCCUCUUUUGGUGGGACAAUUGGUUGGGAGUGAGUCCUUUAUCCCAAUUCAACAACAACAGCUGCAGGCUUAACAACACCACUGUUUCAGCCUUCAUGGACAAUGGACAAUGGAACACUGAUCUUCUCAUCCAGCAGGCCCCUCCACAGAUGGUGUCUAAUAUUCUUGCUACUCACAUCAAUUACCAACCCCUCCAGCAGGACCAACCAUGUUGGACACUAAACAACAAUGGGGAGUUGAGCUGUUCUUCUGCUUGGAAUAUCAUCAGAGACAAGAGACCCAAAACCAGGAUUAACUCCACUACCUGGCAUCAAUUCAUACCUUUCAAAUGUUCCUUUCUUGUUUGGAGAGCCCUUAGGGGAAAGUUACCAACCAAUGAGAAAAUAACCAGCUUUGGACACUCUCCUUCACAAUGCUUUUGCUGCUACAGACCUGGCCAAGAGACUAUAGACCAUAUCUUUGUUGCAGGAGCAUUUGCCAGGAGUACUUGGAGUAUGUUUGCUGACUCUGUGGGCAUAAGCAAGGAGUACACACCUCUCAGAAAUUUGUUAAUGAGAUGGUGGACCUCUAAAUGCAGGAAUGAGGCUCAAAAGCUCAUGAUACAAGCACUCCCUAUCUUCAUAUGCUGGAACCUCUGGAAGAAUAGAUGUGCUUCAAAAUAUGGAGGAAAGCAUUCUAACCUUGCAAGAGUAAAGUUCUCUGUCUUUAAAGACACUUCCCACUUGCUGCACAGUGCUUUUCCUUAUAUCAACUGGCCCAACAACUGGAGGGACCUGGUUCUCUUGGUUGAGCAAUGCUACCAUGAUAUCAAGGUCUUCCCUGUAUGCUGGUCAAAACAAACUGACCAUUUGGUGAAGCUGAACACUGAUGGCAGUGCUCUCACCAAUCCUGACAACAUUGGAGGAGGAGGAAUCCUUAGGAAUGCAUCUUGUGAUCUCAUGUUUGCUUAUGCAAUCCCCUUAGGAUCUGGAACUAACAAUCAAGCAGAGAUCAAAGCUGCUAUCUUUGGUCUCUCUUGGUGCCUUCAUCUUGGCUACAAUCAAGUCAUACUGGAGGUUGAUUCCCAAUUACUUCUCAAAUGGCUGCAACAGGAAGCAAAGCCUUCAUGGUCCAUCAAAGAGCUGCUGGACAAGCUCAAUAACAUCAGAAACCAAUUCCAGGAAUUCAGCUGCAACCACACCUUCAGGGAAGCCAAUUCCACAGCUGAUAGCUUGUCCAAACACAGCCACAAAUGCUCUGUUCCUGAGCUCUACUUCAACAAGCAGGAUCUUCCCAAAGAGGCCAGAGCCCUCAUGGAGCUAGACAUGCUGGGAAUGGCAAGGAAUAGAGCAUUAUUUCUUCUUUCUUUUCCUAUCUCUGUUGUAUGUGCAGGUACAUACAAACCUACAACUCAUCAGUCCACCAGUGGAGAAACAAAUUUAGGUGCCCCAUGGUGCAGCAAUAGCAGGAUGCAACAAACUACAAAUGGAAGUUUGCCAAAUCUAAUUGAUGCAACCCCUCUUUGGAUGGCUGUUAAAGGAUGCAAGAACACAGGAUCAUGCAUAAGGAGUCCUUUGUACUGCAAUUUCAGCCCGCCUCUUACCUUUAUCAACAACAACAUCCUCCAGCAACAAAUUCACAAACCUGCAACUUUCAGGGAACACAUACAAGACAAUAUUAGUAGCUAUUAUAACCUGCAGAAUUACUUGCCUGUGUGGUACCCCAACUUCAGCUCCUUUCUUGAGACUGUAUUGAUCCCCAAGAUCAAUCCCCCUCAGCUUCACCAAUGUAGCUGGCAGACUCUCCUUGGAAAUGCUAAAAGGGAUGCAGUAUCCCAAAUCCAAAAGAGGGAUCUACAACAAGCAUAUUACCACUUCAGCUAUAGAGGAAACAAGAAAUUGGUUACAGGAAUGCAGCAAUCUUCAUUGCUUGCUUCCUUGGCUAUUUGUAUGUACAGGUACUCCAAGAAGUUUAACCACUUCAAAACAAGCAACAAGGAGCUGCACACAAACUUGCACCAACCUUUUCACUUCCCACAAUUGCUAGACCUUUUUUUAGUUGCUAAGGCAGGUUCACAGUUGCACACCUGCUACAACUUCAAAGUUGAGAAUGCUUGGCUUCUCAGGGAACCUGCAGCCAUCAUCACCCACCCUCUGUACCUCCCAUAUGCAGCACAGCAGCAGAAGUACCAAAAGAGGGAUCUACCACAAGUCCAAAAUGCAAGCUCCAACAACCUGUAG